CUGGGUCAUGCCACUGCCGCUGACGACGCGAACCCUACUCGCCACAGCCCGCGUCGGAUCUGCGCUCCUGCCGUCGAUUUGCAUCGGGGUCGGCGCCACGCAGAUCGGCUAUUCGCUUGCGAUGAAGGUUACUGGCAAGAACACAGCGUUUGUGCGUCCGCUCGAAGGCCUCCUUGCUGGGAUCGCGACGUUUGGCGGGUGCAAAAUCGCCAGCGACUCUGCUCUGCGCCGGUUCACGCCUCCAACGCCCACAGGCGAGUUUAUACUCUUUUUGGCCAAGCAUUACCACACCAUCUUUGCUGGGGCCGUUAUUGCCGGCAUGUUUGCCUUUCACGUCGUGGGCGCAAUGCCCGUUCCGGAGUCGACAAGCAGUAGCACGGUGAGCAGUUCGGACGACUAGAUACUAGUAAUGCGAAUGCCAAGUCCAAGUACAGCCAUGUGUCGUUG